CAGACCAGCUCCUCCCAGACCUCUCCAGAAGAAGCCAUGGGAACCCCUGGUAUCCAGCAUUUGCUGAUCCUCCUGGUCCUAGGAACCUCCCUCCUGACCUCAGGCCUAGAACUGUAUUGUCAAAAGGGUCUGUCCAUGACUGUGGAAGCGGAUCCAGCCAAUAUGUUUAACUGGACCACAGAGGAAGUUGAGACUUGCGACAAAGGGGCACUUUGCCAGGAAACCAUACUAAUGAUUAAAGCAGGGACUGAGACAGCCAUUUUGGCCACGAAGGGCUGCAUCCCAGAAGGGGAGGAGGCCAUAACAAUUGUCCAGCACUCUCCACACCCCGGCCUGAUUGUGAUCUCCUACAGUAACUACUGCGAGGAUUCCUUCUGUAAUGACAAAGACAGCCUGUCUCAGUUUUGGGAGUUCAGUGAGACCACAGCUUCCACCAUGUCAACAACCCUCCAUUGCCCAACCUGUGUGGCUUUGGGGACCUGUUUCAAUGCUCCUUCUCUUCCCUGUCCCAAUGGUACAACUCGAUGCUAUCAAGGAAAACUUGAGAUCACUGGAGGUGGCAUUGAGUCAUCUGUGGAGGUCAAAGGCUGUACAGCCACGAUUGGCUGCAGGUUGAUGUCUGGAGUCUUAGCAGUAGGACCCAUGUUUGUGAGGGAAGUGUGCCCACGUCAGCUUCUCACUCAACCUCGAAAGACUGAAAAUGGGGCCACCUGUCUUCUCAAUCCUGUUUGGGGGUUACAGCUACUGCUGCCAUUGCUGCUGGCAUCAAUUAUUCACUUUUCCUAA